AAAAAAAAAAAAAAAAAAAACAUAGCGGCUGAAGCGGAGGGAUCUCACCGUAGCCGCCAGGAAGCGACCUUCACACUUGAUCCCAAGCCAUUAUAAAGGGCCAUCUCAUUCCACAGACAGUUUCCAAUUUUUCUCUCGGACUACUAUCAACGUAUACUACUAUCCAAAACAAACAAAGCUCGCCGCUAUCUAACAACCCUCAAUAUGAAGUUCACUGGUCUCGCCAUUGCCGGCCUUAUUGGCUGCGCUGCUGCCUUGCCCCCAUUCGGGGCUUCUUCUACUCCGUCCAGCUCGAUUUCUGUUUCUGUCACCCCGAGCGCUUCCCCCAGCUCGUCCAGCAUCGCCUUCGCUGGUCUCAGCAAGCGCUCAGAGACCCCUUCUAGCUCUGCAACUCCGUCUAGCUCGGCCUCCAUCUCUACCCCAUGGGUAUUCCACAGACGUCAAUUUGCCACGCCCUCCAGCUCUGGCAUUGCGUCCAGCUCUGCAACCCCAUCCAGCUCCUCUGUCGCAGCCCCAUGGGUCUUCCAUAGACGCCAGUUCGCGACUCCCUCCAGCUCUGCGACUCCUUCUAGCUCGGCUUCUGUCACCCCUAGCAGCACUCCUGCUUCUUCUUAUGCGAAGCGCCAAGUCGCCACACCUUCCAGCUCCGCCACUCCCUCCAGUUCCGCUACCCCUUCGAGCUCUGCGUCUGUCACUCCCACCACCUUCGCAGCUCAGAAGCGCAAGUUCUUUGGCUCCAGCAGCUCUUCUUCCGCUUCGCCUUCUUCUUCCGCUACUCCUUCCUCCUCCGCCACUCCGUCUGCCUCUGCCUAAAUCUUCCCGGAGAUCGGGAGUUCCGCCAUAAGAAAACAAUUGUCAUGCCUUUCCACACGGAAGUAAAGUGGAUCCUGCAGUCUCAUGCACCGCUUGAUCAAGAUCGGAGGCUGACACAAUCACCAAUUAUUUCUGUCCUUGUUUGUCGCGACCACUACUGGUUUGUUUAAUAUAUUGCUGUUUUUUGAAGGGUGGGUAUGCUGGCGUACAAAGUUUUUGCUUUUCUGUGCGAUAGAGUCGGGUACUCAUCUGUUUGUUCUGUGUUUUAGUUUAGAAAUAGAAGUCAUUCGUUUGAUUGUGUUGCCAUCAAAUAGCUGACAUAAAUACAUAUUCAUAUACCAAA